AUGAAGGCAUAUCUAUAUGACAACCUGCCGGGCGACCAGCGCCUGGCGCACGACUCCGGCAAGAUCGUCGACGCUGACGCGCUGGGCAAGCUCGGCGUGUUGUAUUAUCACAUGCCCGAAAUCGAUGGCGUGAAUGAACUGGCUAAGGAACGAGGCUACAAGAACCGUGAUGAGAUUUUUGUGUCACCAGAAAAGAUGGGCGCGGUUUACGAUGAAAAGGUCAAGACCUUUUUCCACGAGCACCUUCACGAGGACGAAGAGAUUCGCUACAUUCGCGAUGGACAGGGCUACUUUGACGUCAGGAGCGAGGAUGAGAGCUGGAUUCGCAUACAACUCGGCAAAGACGAUCUGAUCAUCCUGCCGGCUGGUAUUUACCACCGAUUCACCACAGACGAGUCCAACUAUGUCCAUGCCAUGCGUCUGUUUAAGGACGAGCCGAAAUGGACGCCUCUGAACCGCGGCCCAGAGCUCAACGACAACAAGUAUCGCAAGGAGUACGUCAAUGAGUUUCUUUCUCCAUAA